GAGGGACUGGCAGCCAGACGUGCAGCCAGGGAGCCCGGGCAAGAGAGGAGUCAGGCAGCAGAGCUGGAAUCUCAUCAAAGUUCCCCCAGCACCACGGACCUGAGUCAAAAGCAACGGCUGUGCCUCAGUUCUGUUGUGGCCUCUCUUAAAGGUUUCUUUCUCCUGGGUCUCCCGGGUCCCUCUUUACCCCACAUUUCUAUAAGCAACACAAGAGGUCCCUCACGCUAACCUCCUCCCCUCCCCUGCCCCAGUUCAGCAACCCAAACCCAUCACAUUCCCCCAGAACCGACCAUUCUGUGUCCCAGGAACAGCUGCUCAUCUCAGCUCUGUCACUUACUCCCACAUGCCCCCUACCCGGACAGUGCUCCUCCUCCAAGGUCCUUGACCACCGCAAGCCCCAGGCAGACUCCUCUGUGGAACUCCAGGGCCAAGGACACCCACCCCACUGGGGACACAGAAUUCACUCACCUGCUCUGGGCUGGCCAGGCACCUGUAACAUCAGUGGCAUAGGAGGCAGAGGCAGGAAGAUCCCAAGUUCAAGGCCAGCCUUAGCAACUUAGUGAGACCCUAAGCAAUUUAGUGAGACCCUGCCUCAAACUAAAAAAAAUAAAAUAAAAUAAAAAAAGGACUUGGGAUGUAGCUCAGUGCUAACAGGCCCUGGGUUCAAUCUCCAGUGCCACAAAAAAAAAAAGCUCGGGGCCCAGCUGUCCACAAUGCAGCACGUAAAUAGGGUGUGCCGGAUUGUAUAGUGUUGUCCCCAAAUUCAUGUCCAUCCCAGGCUGCAAAGUGUGACUUGAUUUGGAAAUAGGGUCAUUGCAGAUGGGUUAGCUAAGAUGGAAUAGGGUGGGUGGUGACUUAAUCCAGUGGCAAGUGUCCUUAUAAAAACCGAAGAGGCACGGGGGGACACCACAUGAGGACAGAGGCCGAGGUUGGAGUGAGGCAUCGAAAACCAAGGAGCCAGAGAGAUGCCAAGGUUUGCCAGAGCACCAGAAGCUGGAAGAAGCAAGAAAGACGCCCACCAGUGAGCCUUCGGAGGGAGCCAGCCCUGUGGCACCGAUUCCAGACUUCCGAACUAGCCAUGGGGAGACAGAGCCUGGCACUGGGCUGGGCAGUGGCCACCGUGCUCAUGCUGCAGAUGGCCGCGGAAGAGCGCCCGCCCUGGACCCUGCACGGCAAGGCUGAGGUGUUUGCAGACCUCAGUGCCCAGGAGCUGAAGGCCGUGCACAGCUUCCUGCAGGCCAGGAAGGAGCUGGGGCUGCAGCCCUCGGGGUCCCCGAGCAUGGCCAAAAACUCUGUGUUCCUCAUUGAGAUGCUGCUGCCCAAGAAGCAGCAUGUGCUGAAAUUUCUGGAUCAUGGAGAAAGGCGCCCCGUUCGGGAAGCCCGAGCCACCAUCUUCUUUGGAGCCCAGGAGAACCCCAAUGUCACCGAGUUUGCUGUGGGGCCGCUGCCAAGUCCCUCCUACCUGCGAGCACUGUCGCCCAGGUCCAGGCACCAGGCCUCCUGGGCCUCCAGGCCCAUCUCCAAGGUCGAGUAUAAACUCCUCCUCCACACCUUGCAGGAGGCCACCAAGCCCCUGCAUCAGUUUUUCCUCAACACCACCGGCUUCUCGUUCCAAGACUGCCAGAGCCGAUGCCUGACCUUCUCCGACGUGGCCCCCCGUGGCUUGGCAUCUGGCCAGCGCCGCACUUGGUUUAUCUUACAACGCUUCGUUGAAGGCUAUUUCUUGCACCCCACUGGCCUGGAGCUCCUUGUGGAUCAUGGGAACACAAAUGUCCAGGAAUGGACAGUGGAGCAGGUGUGGUACAACGGGAAGUUCUACAGGAGCCCAGAAGAACUGGCUCAGAAGUAUGCAAAUGGAGAGGUGGAUGUGGUAGUCCUCGAGGGACCGCUGCCCAAGGGCCAGGGGGACGAGAGCACAGAGGAGCCGCCCCUCUUCUCCUCAUACAAGCCCCGUGGGGACUUCCCCAGAUCCAUCAGUGUGGGCGGCCCCCGGGUGGUCCAGCCCAACGGCGCCCGCUACCUGCUGGACGGCAACGUGGUGCUCUAUGGCGGCUGGAGCUUUGCCUUCCGGCUGCACUCCUCCACCGGGCUGCAGGUCCUCAACCUGCACUUUGGGGGUGAGCGCAUUGCCUAUGAGGUCAGCGUGCAGGAGGCAGUGGCAAUGUAUGGAGGACACACACCUGCGGGCAUGCAGACCAAGUACAUGGACGUGGGCUGGGGCCUGGGCAGCGUCACUCACGAGCUAGCCCCUGGCAUCGACUGCCCGGAGACUGCCACCUUCCUGGACACUUUCCACUACUUCGAUGCAGAUGACCCUGUCCUCUAUCCGCGAGCCCUCUGCCUCUUUGAGAUGCCCACAGGGGUGCCUCUCCGGCGCCACUUCAAUUCCAACUUCAAUGGUGGCUUCAACUUCUACGCAGGUCUUAAGGGUCAGGUGCUGGUGCUGCGGACGACCUCCACCGUCUACAAUUAUGAUUACAUUUGGGACUUCAUCUUCCACCCUAAUGGGGUGAUGGAGGCCAAGAUGCAUGCCACUGGCUACGUCCACGCCACCUUCUACACCCCCGAGGGGCUGCUCCACGGCAUGCGCCUGCACACCCACCUGCUCGGCAACAUGCACACACACCUGGUGCAUUACCGCGUCGACCUGGAUGUGGCAGGCACCAAGAACAGCUUUGAGACACUAGAGAUGAAGCUAGAGAACAUCACCAACCCCUGGAGCCCAAGACACCGCCUGAUCCAGCCGACACUCGAGCAGAGGCAAUACUCCCAGGAGCGCCAGGCAGCCUUCCGCCUCGGACGGCCUCUGCCCAGGCACCUGCUCUUUACCAACCCCAAGAAGAACCCCUGGGGCCACAAGCGCAGCUACCGCCUGCAGAUCUACUCCUCGGCUGAGCAGGUGCUGCCCUUCGGCUGGCAGGAGGAGCGGGCCAUCACCUGGGCCAGGUACUCCCUGGCAGUGACCAAGUACCGGGAGUCGGAGAAGUGCAGCAGCAGCAUCUACCACCAGAACGACCCCUGGAACCCCCCUGUGGUCUUCGAGGAGUUUCUUCACAACAAUGAGAACAUUGAGGAUGAGGACUUGGUGGCCUGGGUGACCGUGGGCUUCCUGCACAUCCCUCACUCAGAGGACAUCCCCAACACGGCCACACCUGGGAACUCUGUGGGCUUCCUGCUCCGGCCCUUCAACUUUUUCCCAGAGGACCCAUCCCUGGCAUCCAGAGACACCGUGAUUGUGUGGCCCCGGGAUAAGGGUCCCAACUACAUACAGCGCUGGAUCCCUGAGGAUCAGGACUGCUUGAAGCCUCCCCCCUUCAGCUUCAAUGGGACCUACAGGCCUGUGUGAGGCCACCCCAGUUCUGUCUGGAAACCUGAGAGCCCCAUGGGGCCGACAAUAAACUCAUCAGUGUCCA